AUGCUGCCUGGGAGAGCGACCGAUGUCCGGCACUGCGUCCUGACGUGCCGCUGGCUGCCCGCAGCUCUGGCGCUGCUCCUCCUCCUCUCCUUCAGCUUCAGCAGCGCUCACAGCACCACGGUGGAGCACGACUUCCACAUCGUUCACAAUGUCGACAACAGAAGUCCAGAGAUAGACCCAUUCUGGUAUGUGGGGCGUGGGGUGAGACCCAUCGGGCGCUUUGGGAAGAGGCACAGCGGUGUGGAGGCUCUGGGCAGCGGGCGGAUGCAGCCUGUUGUUAGGAUGCUGGAGCUACUCCUCAACAACCUCAAAAACAAGGAGAACCUGGGGAAAGACCUGGACGGAGAAGACAGGGCUUGGUUACCAUGA